CCCAAUAGAUUCGUAUUUUUCAAAUCGUAUAUUCUAUGCUUGUAGCUUUAAAGUUAAAAAUUGAAGGAGAAGUAAGUGUGUUUGAUAAUCGAAACGAUUUGGUUCUGGACUAGUUUGGGCUUUAUAAUUUGGGCUAUUAAUUAUUGCCCAUUAGAAUAUAUUGGGUUCCAGGCCAUUUAAUUCGUUCGGACCGCACGUGCCCCCGCACGAUGAGGGUUUACGGACACUAUGUAGAAGUACAAGGUUCAAUUUGUAAAUUAAUAAACGUUUGGGAAGAAAGAAUUAAGCUAUUUCGAUAUAAUCAAAGUGGGCCAAACACAUUCCAGCGCAACUGAGUGUGAAAGGUUUGGGCAUGCAUUAGUUCAGUUGACUUGUUCCACUUCAGGACAAGUUUAAGUUCAAAAAAACCACUCCGGCGAAUCUUCUCCCGUCUACAUUGGCGUGGAUCGCCAGUUUAUCGGACGGGGAAUCAAAAUGGCGGUGGAUGCUGCGUAUCUGAUGCAGUUUGUGGACGAAACCUCGUUUUACAAUCGCAUUGUUCUGAGUCACCUUUUGCCGUCGAAUCUGUGGGAUCCAUUACCUCAUUUUCUCCAGACAUGGCUCCGGAACUACCUCGCCGGAACCUUGCUCUACUUCAUCUCAGGCUUUCUCUGGUGCUUCUACAUCUAUUACCUUAAACUUAACGUUUAUCUCCCCAGAGAUGCCAUUCCUACAAGAAAGGCUAUGCUUUUGCAAAUAUCUGUAGCAAUGAAGGCGAUGCCUUGGUACACUCUUCUUCCAACCGUCUCCGAGCACAUGAUCGAAAGUGGUUGGACCAAAUGUUACUCCAGAAUAGGCGAAGUCAGCUGGUUCCUCUACUUUCUUUCCAUCGCUGUCUACCUUGUUCUAGUCGAGUUUGGUAUUUAUUGGAUGCACAGAGAGCUUCAUGACAUCAAGCCUCUUUACAAAUAUCUCCAUGCCACCCAUCAUAUCUACAACAAGCAGAACACACUCUCUCCCUUUGCCGGGCUUGCGUUUCACCCACUAGACGGGAUACUGCAGGCAGUACCGCACGUGGUAGCUCUGUUUAUAGUGCCGAUUCAUUUCACAACACAUCUAGGUCUCUUGUUCAUGGAAGCGAUAUGGACAGCGAACAUCCAUGACUGCAUCCACGGUAACAUUUGGCCUGUGAUGGGUGCAGGGUACCAUACGAUACACCACACUACUUACAAGCAUAACUAUGGUCAUUAUACUAUAUGGAUGGAUUGGAUGUUUGGCUCUCUUAGAGACCCUCUCUUACAAGAAGAUGACAACAAAGCUGAGUGAGAAUGUCCGUUUGUGUUUUUGCUUGCUUGUUCAAAGUUUCAACCUUUUUACUUAUUCGUCAUGUGAGUGUCUCUGACAAACUUUCCAGUUAUUUUUGGUUUAGAGACAAUGACUGCACAUUUGGUGUUUAGUUUACAUUCAGAGACAGCUCUUCAUUCUUUACACUUGUAAGGUUAGGUAAGGUUGCUGAAGAUAUAAGAAAGAUCUUUUUUUAA